UAUCAAAAAACAAUUAAAACGUUUGCACUAUCCUAAUGCUACAAAAUAAUAAAUAUUCUUUAAAAGUAACAAUCAAAGUUAAUUCAAAAUUAAAUAUCUAAAGUUUUAAGUAAAUUGUUUCAAAAGUAAUUUUAAACAAUAUGACCCCGUCUCGACCACAGGGAUCAUCCCAGGCAGUUGCUCAUGUGCAGGAGUUCAAAAUACGAGUCCCAAAAAAUUCUAGGAAAAAACAUCAUGUUAUGAGAUUUAACGCCACAUUAAAUGUUGAUUUCGGCAAAUGGAAUGCUGUUCGUAUGGAAAGAGAAAAUAACAUGAAAGAAUUUAAAACAUUGGAUGAAGAUAUGCCUAAAUUUGGAGCUGGAUCUGAAUAUAAUCGUGAUUUACGUGAGGAAGUACGGAGAAAAAAAUUUGGAAUAAUCGCAAAACGAUAUAAGCCAGAGGCGCAGCCUUGGAUUUUAAAGGUAGGGGGAAAAUCUGGUAAAAAAUUCAAAGGGAUUAGAGAAGGUGGUGUAAGUGAAAAUGCUGCAUUUUAUGUGUUUACCCACGCUCCAGAUGGAGCAAUUGAAGCAUAUCCUUUGCAUGAAUGGUAUAACUUUCAGCCAAUUCAGCGUUAUAAAUCAUUAUCUGCUGAGGAGGCUGAACAAGAAUUUGGUCGUAGAAGAAGGGUAAUGAAUUAUUUUUCGUUGAUGUUGCGUCGACGAUUAAAGGCGGAUGAUGAACCUGAAGAUCCAGAAGAAAAAGUCAAUGCUAAAGGCAGUGGUUCAAAAAAAUCGAAAGAAUUACAAAUUAGUGAAAUGGAUGAAUGGAUAGAUUCGGAUGAAGAUUCUGAAUCGGAAGAUGAAGACAAAGAGAAAAAAAAGGAAGACAGUGACGAUGAAGGCAAUUCCAAGAAAAAAGGGAAAAAAACUACUGAUAAAAAAAAGAAAAAAGAUCGUGAUUUGGAAGAUGAAGCGUUUGAGGAAUCUGAUAAUGGUGAUGAAGAAGGUCGUGAACUUGAUUACAUUUCCGAUUCUAGUGAAGAUGAACCAGAUCCAGAAUCAAAAGUCGUAAAAGAAUUAAUAUCCGUUGGGGAAGAAGAUGCGUUGAAAUCAUCAGAAAGUGAAGAGGAAGAAGAAAAAAAGUCAGAGGAAUCUGAUGAAGACGACGAAGAGAAGAAGAAAGAAGGAAAAGAUAAAGAUAAAGAAUCAAAAGAUAAAAAGAAGAAAAAGAACAAAAAGAAAAGUAAAGAUGAGAAGAAAGAUUCUUCUUCUGAUUUUUCUUCCGACAGUAGUGAGUCUGAUUUGGAAUCUAAAACUAAAAAGAAAAAAGAAGCUUCAACUAGUGGUAUAUCUAAAGAUUCUCGCGGAUCUUCUCCAGCUGUUUCAAGUCAAGAAGCUAAUAAGCGUAAAUUCAAUAACAUGCCUUCUGAUUUGACGGGGUCUGAUAAUAGUAAUAGUCCUAUAAAUACUCCUGCUAAAAAACUUAAAAUGGAAACUCCAUCCUUACCUCCAACUUUUGCUGGUGUAGUAAAUAUGAAUAAUGCAAAAGAUGACUUUGGCAUAACAGAAGAAGCUGUAAGGCGUUACCUUAUGCGCAAACCAAUGACUGCAAGAGAAUUGAUUACAAAAUUCAAAAAUAAAAAGAAUGGUGUAGCAAACGAAAGACUUGUGGAGACAAUGACACAAAUACUUAAAAAGAUUAAUCCUGUAAAACAGACAAUACAAGGAAAAUUGUAUUUGAGUAUUAAAGCUGCUAAGUAGUAUUUUUAUAAGUUUAGGUGUAACUUGCAAAUAUUUUAUUAAUAUACAUUUAUUCGGGUA